AUGAGAAACUUUUCAAAGACUUUUUAUAAUACAGUAUAAAUAAAAUAAUAUAAAAGAAUAAAAAUGUGAGGAACUACUUUAAAAAUAAAACGAGUAUUUCUUUUAAGAGAAUUAAUAAUAAAGUGAUUUAAAAGAUUAAAUAAAGUAUUUAUAAAUAUAGAAUGAAUAAAUUAUAUAAGAAAAUAAGGAAUUACUUAAAAUAAAAAAAUUAAAUCUAGAAAUAUUGGAGUAAUUAAAUAAUGAAAAAUAUAUAUCAUAAAAACUUUAGGCAGAAAGAGAUUAAUUAUUAGUAUUAUGUAAUUUAUAAAUAGGAUUAAAACAAAAAUAAAACAGACUUAAUAGAAUAAUAUAUAAAUAAGAAUUAAGAUUAUGAGAGAAAUAACAAAGAUUUGAAUCAGUAAGUUGAGUAUUUAGAAAUAUAAUUGGAGAAAUAUUAACAAGAAAAUCGUAAUUUUAAAUAAAUAUUUAGAUUUGCUUGAAUAAAAGAUAAUAAAUUAUACUUAAAAAGAUAUACAAUUUCAUUUAGAAGGUAAAAUAAUAAUUAAUGUAAUAGAUAUUACUAAGAUAAUUAUUGAAGAAUUGAAAAAAAUUGAAAUCUAAUGUCAAAUAGAAAAAUAAAAAAUUAUUUAAAGAAAAUAAUUGGCCUAAAACCUACUUAUUAUUUUUAACGAGAAUUUAAGAAAGCCACUAUUAAACCAUGAUUUGACAUUUAGGCAUGACUUUAAUGAUAAUAAGAUAUUAGGUUAAGAAGAGAUUAAUAAAAACUAAUUUAAUUGA